AUGGAGAGAGGAAGUUUGGGUGCCAUUCUAAGGUCUGAAGAAGAAGCAAUGGAAUUGGAUUGGAUCAAGAGGGUGAAUAUCAUCAGAGACAUUGCUGAAGCUUUGUCUUACUUGCAUCAUGAUUGUGCACCACCCAUUGUUCACAGAGACAUAACAACCAACAAUAUUCUCUUGGAUGAAGAGUACAAUGCUCGUGUUUCAGAUUUCGGCAUUUCUAAACUGCUUAAACCUGAUUCAUCUCAUUGGAGCAUGCUUGCAGGCACAUAUGGAUACAUGGCACCAGAGCUUGCUUAUAUGAUGAGAGUGACCAAGAGAUGCGAUGUAUAUAGUUUCGGAGUUGUAGCACUUGAAGUGAUACAUGGAGCUCAUCCCGGUGAUCUUAUAAACAACGGCUUAUCAAUGAGCAUGUUAGUGAAAGAUAUUCUAGAUCAACGACUUUCAAUAUUUCAUCUGAAUGAUCGAGUUGCAAAUCAAGUGGUUGCGGUGAUUCUGAUAGCAAUGAAAUGCAUUAACACUGAUCCACAAUCUCGUCCGACAAUGCAACGGGUGACUCAGGCUUUAUCUUCUUCUAAGUUGCGAACAAUGACCGGCAGCCACUCUUUGUAUGCACUUACAGUGGGCAACCUGAUGGAUAUACAAAUAUGA